AUGAGGAAAAUAUCAGGGCUUGCCAUGGCAGAAAACAUAUUGGGGAACUUUGUUUCAUUCUUUACAGCAAUGUCUACGGAAAGUGAAGUGGAACUUGAAAGCUUGGUUCAUAAGUUGAGGAAGGGCAUUGAGGAAUAUAAACAAAAGUAUGCUAAUGGAUUUAGUGGAGAGGAUGCACUUCAAGCCAUCGAAGGGCUUAAGAAUCUCAUAAUGAACGAUAGCACUGAGACCUAUGGUUGCACUAGUUGGUGCAGGUUUUCUUUCUACGAAACCGAUUUUGGUUGGGGAAAGCCAUCAUGGGUGACUUUCUCUAGCAGUGAAUCCAAGAAUACAACUUUAUUGAUGGACACGAGUGAUGGCGUUGGCAUAGAAGCGUUGUUGAGUUUGGAAGAAGAACACAUGGCCAUAAUUGAACGCAAUGAGGACCUUCUUGCGUAUGCUUCUCUGAAUCCGAGUGUCGUUUAA